AUGAUUGCAGCGCUUUCUCCCGCCGAGUUCAACUAUGAAGAAACCUUGAGCACCCUGCUGUUCGCGCAAAGUGUGAAGGCCGUGAAGACCAACGCGAAGAAGAACGAGAAUCUGGAGGACAAUCUGAUCCAGGAUCUCGAGGCAGAGUGCGAGCGGCUGCGCCAGCUUGUGAACAUGGAUGCAGGAAACAGCCAGCUACAAGAGCUUGCUGCCCUGGAGGAAAUGCAGAGGAAGUAUGGGCGAGACUUCGAAGAGCAGUUGAAGUUGGCCGAAGACCUGCAGAAGCAGCGGGAGACCCUCUUGGCGGAUGCCGGCCUGACUGCCAAGGAGCUGACGACCAGCGUCGGGCUGGAUGAUCGAACCCCACAUCUUCUCAACAUUUGCUACGAUCCGGAGCUGAAUGGAUGCUUGAUCUACUUCUUGCAGAAGGGCGUAACUUGCAGUCUCGGUGCGGGCCCUGGCACCCUCAUCGCACUGAAGGGUCUUGGUAUGCAGCCGAAGAUGCUGGAGAUGCGGAAUUUGGAUAACAGGAAGGUCAUCCUCAAGUACAUCGCCGGGCGUGUGCUGCUGAACGGGCGACAGCAAAAUCCGGGCGAGGUCCAGCUUUGCCACAACGACCGCCUUAUCGUCGGCCACGCGUUCUGCUUUCGACUCGUGGUCCCCAGUGAUGAUAGCAAUCGUCAAGAAGAUGUCCCGCUGGAGACGGCGUUGGAGGAAGUGGAGAUGCCAGAUGACCCGGCCUACCAGCAGUGUCUGAUGUACGUCAAGCAUCUCCAGAGCCGCAUCGGCGACAUCCGGGCUAUGACGUUUCAGAGGAGCUUCAAGAAGGUCUGCCGCCUCGUGAACGAGGCCAAUGAGCUAGCAGAGGCGUUGUGCCCAAAGGAGCGGCUGCUCUUUGGUGCCGAGAUCUUGACGGACUUCUUCGGCACGGACGAUGAGAACGUGGAAAGCAUCGUGCGGGUGCGGAAGCUGCAGAAAGGCAAAGCGCGCUGGCGUGACGUGGUGAAGUCCAAAGUCUUCGCGAAGAGUGAAAGACCGACGUUGAUGGACACCUUCGUGACCGUCAGUAUGCAGAACAUCAGCGCCAGAGAUCAGACAAUCCUGUUGCUGAAUGCCGAGGAGUUCAACCAGCGCUUACAGCACUUCCGUGACAUUUACAAGACCGUCUUCACGGAUCACCACAGCCUCGAAGACUUGCCCCUAGCUGAGCGAGAGUGCUGGGGCCGGCUGCCACCCUGGAUGGCCGCAGAGCUGGACCAAGAGCUGGAGCAGGAAGUGCAGCUUGAGCAAGAGAUUGCCAUUCGAAAGCAACUCUCCAAGGGGCACGAGAAGUCCGAGAACGAAGCCUUGCUGGAGGAGCAGCUGGCCUGCAUGCAGCAGCUGCUGGAUGCCAAGGAUCGGCGAAUCCAGUCGCUGGAGUUGGCUGCCGAAGCCCAGGUCGGAUCCUCCUACGGCAAGUCGCCAAGGCUUGGCAACGAACGUCGGCACUCCACGCCAUCACUGGGUGCUCAGAAGCCGGAGGCCCCAGCUACCCGUCGCCAGGCUCAUCGAGAGCUCAUGAGUCGGGUGCAGGAGUUGAUCCGCAGCGGUCACGAAAGGCAGGAGGUCAAGAACAAGAUGUUGGAGAGGCAUUUUCAGGAGCUGGAAAGCUGUGGCUCCAGCUACCUUGACAAGCUGAAAAGCCUGCGAUCAGAGGUGCGCUGUGAGGUCGAGUCCCGGCAAGAUGCGGAGACGAAGGCGCAGGUCCUUGAAGAGGAGCUACGCCGCUUCCGCGAUGAGCUGGAAGGAAGCCGGUCCGUGCUAAACGCGCAGUUCUCGGCCAACCAGCAGCUCUUGAGCAAUGAGUGCGAUGCUGCCACAAGUUUGCUGCUUCGCGCGACGGAGCAGCUGCACAGUGCCAGCUCCGGUUCGUGA